CACUGUCUGUCACAUGUCUGUCUCUCGCUCUUUCAAUAGUUACAUCCAUUCUGUCAGGCCAGGCCAUCCACGUUUAGGAUACAGCACGCAGAAAGAGAGUGGGGGAACAAAAAAAGAGUGAAGACAACACAGCGAAAACGUUAAAUCUGGUCGGAAUCAGAGGGGAUAGAUCAAGUGGAUCAGAUGAAGAGCACGACAAGCUGUUGAGCCUUGGAAGUCAAGGAAAAGUUUGAACAUCGGGAGGGCCCUGGGGGCAAAGAUGUCCUCAUCACGAGGGGCUCGUCGCAUCCCCUUCGGCUUGCUCACCCCUUUAUUUCAAUGACAGGGAAGAAAGAACGACUGGCAGCGCCCCAUUUCAUAUAUUGCACCUUGGAUGUGCCCUGCUGGGUGGGAAUCUUCUGAGAGCUGCAAACAUGCGACUGUGGUGGAUUUUACUGCUAAGUUUUUGGAGUGUUUAUGGAGAACUCCCAUUCAUAGCAGAGAACAACGCUGCCAUGUUGGUCAACUGGAAUGCUGUGGAUGGGAAUAAAAAGCUGUUUGCAAUCUAUGACACAAGCGCCAAUGAACCAGGAAACAUGUCUUUUGUCAAAGAGACUGUAGACAAGCUUUUGAAAGGGUAUGACAUUCGUCUUCGACCAGACUUUGGAGGUGCACCAGUGGCAGUAGGCAUGAGCAUCGAUGUGGCGAGCAUAGACAUGGUGUCGGAGGUCAACAUGGACUACACAUUGACCAUGUAUUUCCAGCAGUAUUGGAGGGACAAGCGGCUAGCAUAUUCUGGGAUCCCUCUCAAUCUUACUCUAGACAACCGGGUAGCUGACCAACUCUGGGUUCCUGACACGUAUUUCCUAAAUGACAAGAAGUCUUUUGUCCAUGGCGUCACGGUGAAGAACCGCAUGAUCCGCUUGCACCCAGAUGGCACAGUUCUUUAUGGAUUAAGAAUCACCACCACUGCCGCUUGCAUGAUGGAUCUGAGAAGGUAUCCAUUAGAUGAACAGAACUGCACUCUGGAGAUAGAGAGUUAUGGAUACACAACAGAUGACAUCGAGUUUUACUGGAAGGGAGGAGAAAACGCAGUUACUGGUGUGGCACGUAUCGAGCUCCCACAGUUCUCCAUCGUGGACUACAAACUUGUGUCUAGAAAUGUUGUCUUUUCCACAGGUGCCUAUCCUCGACUAUCUUUGAGUUUCAAGCUAAAAAGAAACAUCGGCUACUUCAUCCUGCAGACCUACAUGCCCUCAAUCCUGAUCACCAUCCUGUCCUGGGUCUCCUUCUGGAUCAACUAUGAUGCCUCAGCAGCCAGAGUGGCAUUAGGUAUUACCACUGUGCUGACCAUGACCACCAUCAACACCCAUCUGAGAGAAACACUUCCGAAGAUCCCAUAUGUUAAAGCCAUAGACAUGUAUCUGAUGGGCUGCUUCGUCUUUGUCUUCUUGGCUCUGCUGGAAUAUGCUUUCGUCAACUAUAUUUUCUUCGGACGAGGACCUCAGAUGCAGAAGAAACUGGCCGAGAAAGCUGAGAAAGCCAAUAACGACCGCAGCAAGUAUGACGGCAACAAGUCUGUUCAAGAGGGAGGCAACUGCAAGCCAUCAUCUGUUAAACAGUCCAAUCAGGUACAAGGCAACCGUCACUCACGAGGGGUGGAUUCCCAGGGAAAUAUCCUUCUGACCACCCUGGAGAUCCACAAUGAGGUGGCCGGGAACGAGGUCACCACCAGCGUCAGCGAAGCCCGAAACUCCACUUCAAUGGUGUUCGAUAACUCAGGGAUCCAGUAUCGCAAACAGAGCACAGCGCGACCCGAGGGCCGCCACAGCAUGGAAAGGAACACGCAGUCGAAGAAACCGCGGCUACGUAGACGCUCUUCCCAGCUCAAAAUCAAAAUCCCUGACCUCACAGACGUGAACGCCAUCGAUCGAUGGUCACGGAUAAUAUUUCCCGCUGCUUUCUCUCUUUUCAAUUUGAUCUACUGGCUGUAUUAUGUGAAUUAGGCCUCAGACUUCAAUGGGGUUUUUUUUUUUGCCCCAUCACCAAUUUUUUCAUGUUGCCAAGUGGAAAAUUAUCUUUUUUUUUUCUUUGCUCUGACGCACUUAAGGGACGUACUUCCACGCCAUAUAAACCAAGGUUUUUCUAUAUUUGAACCCUUGUGAUGUUGCGAAGGGUUCCGAUGGAAUGCUACCUACACUAAAACGGGCCGUCUCAUCCCCCUCAUAAAGUAUAUGCACUCCAAAAAAACAACAACAAAAAAACAUUCCCAUUCACAUACACACAAAAUAAGUUUUCUAAAGACUAUCUCUGUACAUACUUUGCAAUUUUUGAAGCCACGGGACUUCCGCAUGAUGCACUCGGAGCUGUCUUUAAUUUGUACAUGUUGGUAUGUUAUUACGAUUGAGAGAUGCUAAUUGCAAAUGUUUAAUGCCAAUAAAUCUUUAUUGUCGGAGCGCAGGUGAUUAAUAUUAAAAGAAGAUCAUAUUGUUGUGGAAAUGCAAUAUAACAAGGUCAAAUCACGUCUUCAGUUUCAGAGCUUGCUACGUAAACAUUAGCUGUUCUAAACAUUGCCGUUAUGAUCUUAUUUAGACAACGUUUGAAUAUAAUCAUGUUAUGAUAUGCUUUUGGAACAGGAUUUCCAUCCGCCUUGGGUUGAUAUGAUUAUACACCACUUUUUGCAAUCAUCAUGUAAAGUGCUUCAGUACAUGUAAGAUAAGAUAAUAAUUGUACUCUUAUCUCGUUUCAAGGAUAUCAAAGAUGAGGACAAAGAACAAAACAAAACAAAAAAAAACACUGCAAAUGUUUUAAUCAGGGCCUGCAAAGGAUUUCCAUGAUGCCAUCAUGAAUAUCAAGCAUAAGAAAACAGACAAUCCAAGCAUUGUGUUUAGCUUUUUUUUUUUUUAGUAGAUGUGUAGCAAUUACUGUAUGAUUUUCAAGUGAGAGUGGGUUUGGGUGUUUUAUUCUCCUCCAUUUUUUUAAAGAAUGUCUGAGUCAUUUCCCAUAUCAUGGGCCUUAUGUAAACAUCGUAUGGCCCAUUUACAACACAUCGCUUUAUUUUCUUUCCUUUCCGGUUGGGGUUAUUUAAGGUUAAUUUUAUUUAAGGUAAAUGGACAAGCUCCUAACGCAUUUGAGGGAAUUGUAUGUUGUCAUCAAUACGCAACUUGUCUCAGGUUCUCUUCCAACAUAAAAAUGGUCUGUGUUUUUCUGAUUGCCAGUAUUCACAUCAUAUUUGUUGUGAUUCAUUUGUAUUAUAUCCUUGUGUACAGCAACAAUGAUUACAUAGCAGAUUUAGACAGCAUGAUAUUGUUUGCAUUUAGAGAUUCUACACUGAUUGUAUCUGAUUUUGUUUUGGCAGAUUUCUUUACCAUCGGUCAUAUGCACUUAAUCUAUUUCAGGGGCCGAAAACUGCUGUCUGGUUAGAGAAGUCAGGUUGUAUACUCAUGCUUGCAAACCAUCUGAAUAUAUUUAUAAAUCUCUUUACAAUAUCCCAUAUGUGCUGUUGACGAGCCAUUUCAACAGGUUGCUUUGCAGUUGCAUUGUGUCAGUAGAUGCUCAUUAAUGCUUUAAUUACUUUUCUUCCCUCUUCUAUUGUAUGUUGUAAAUAUGUAACCCACAAUCCACGUGUGACCCAUUUCUUUCUUUCUUUCUUUCUUUCUUUUUUUCUAAUAUUCACUUUUGAGGUUUUAUUCUGUACAGUCCACCUCACAAAUGACCAGAUCUCUAUUUAUGAAAUGUGUUUAAAUGAUUAGAUAAAUGAGUGAAUGUCCAGAGGACAAUAUGGGGAAAUGGAAUAAAUUUUACUCUUUCAAA